UUCUGGUAUUUUGAAAAAGCAGAACUCCGGUCGACGCUGUUUUGCUCUGUUCUUUUCUUUUUUGCUGAUUGUACUUUAAUAAAAGACACUUUGAGUAAAGAAUCUCAAAGAUUAUUUUUCCUCUCCUCCUCCUCCUGCUGCAAGGUUUCACUCUGAAGAAUGGAAGGUCUCAACAUUACCAGCAGCUCACAGGACCAAAGCUACGAUCACAGCAACACCACCUUCAACUACCAGAAUAACAAUGAGCACUAUGAGUAUCUCAAAAAAUUUCGUCUCAUCCAAUACGUAGUGACAUGCAUAGUCCUUGCUGUCGGCCUUCCUCUGACCCUGGUGGCCAUCUAUUCUCUUUAUUCUAUGGUGAGAAGAGAUCAUGUUGCUCCCAUCUACCUCAUCAACUUUCUCAUCAGCGACCUGAUUCAGUUCUGCUGCAUGAUCGUUCAGGUGGCACCAAAUGUGGAUGAGAAGAUAUCUGACAUCUUCUUAUUAAUUUACCUCACUUCUCUGAUUGCCAGUGUUGGCUUCAUGGUCUGCAUCUCCCUGGAAAGGUAUUUGGUCAUCGCCCACCCACUGUGGUACCGCUGCAGACGAACCAUCAAGACCUCUGUGGUGGUCUGUGUCCUGGUCUGGGUCCUUUCUGUUGUCUGUGUUGUCCUUGUAUUUUUCUUUCCUGAUGUGGUCAUACUUAUAGUAUUCCCCAUCAUCUUCCUCCUUCCCUUCCCUCUGUUAAUCUUCUUCCUGGUUGGGACCCUCAAAGCCCUGUCUGCUUCCAUCUCGGUCCCCUCUGAUGAAAAACGACGAAUUGUGGGAAUUUUGGUUCUGUUGCUGCUUAUUUACACGCUGCCGUUCCUGCCUAUCAUACUUCAGUUUGUGAAUUUAAAACACCAUGAGAACCUCGCCAUCUUGUUUUUCAUCUUUGUUAGGUUGAAUCCUCUUGCAGACUUGUUCCUGUAUGUGUUCAUGAGGAAAGGGUUCAUAGACAAGAUUUUGGCCUCUGUGUGUUGUUGCAUAGUUGACAGCAGUCCAUCAGUUUUUAUUCCAUUAGAUGAUGAGCCAGAACAAAGUCAAAUGAUAAUUUAAAACCAGUUGUUGGUGUUCCCAGUUAACUCAGUCAGUGGUCAACAGGCCCCUCGAUUGGAUGGUUGUGUUCAAAUAUAUUUUCUCUCUCUCUUUAAAUAAAUAAUUAUGAAGAAACUGUUUCACAAUUUCACAUGUGCUGCAGUGUGUGCGUCCUGGCAAGUGGACACAUCCAUCAACCUAUGGAUACUUAUUUUGUAGGUACUAUCCCUUAACAGGAAGUGAUUAUGUCACGGGCCAGAUAUUAUUGUUCUAAUCGACCGCUGAUGUAGGCAGAGAAAGAGGGAGAGAGAGAAAGGGGAGGAAACAGGAGGAGAAAUGGAGGCCAAUAGAAAGGAUAGA